AUGGGUAUACCGGAUGCCAUUCAGGCCUUAUCGGCUGCCUUUUCAUUGUUGGUUCAUUCAUCCAGGGUAUCUUUGAUCGUCCUUGCUAAAAGUCAAUAUAGUGGUAUCCUUCUGCAGGCAGCAACUGGCGCAUUGCUUAUAUAUUCUAGAGGUCAUGGUUCAACUAUUUUCAAGGACGGCCGGAGGCUGGUCCUCGUGCUGUUCUUGUUGUUUUCUGUUCUGUGGGCGCAAAUCGAUUUCUUGGAGCUCUUACUGCCGACGACUGCUACCGGGAUUUGUCAGAUUGGGUUAAUAUUUACGACGGGAUUCGAUCAGUUGGCAAGGAUAGCACUUGAACAGUUUUUGUUGUGGUCAAUUGGACAUGGAACGAAGAUAACCGCCAUUCGAGCUAUCCUGCAAGGACUAUUGGCCAUCCGAUUGAUUGUAGGGGGUGUUUUGGUGGGAUUUACUCGUCCUCAAUUCGCACCUACGUGUGUCGCCAAUACAUCGUUGUUACCGGUUGCAAUUGUAGUUCUGGUCAUGGACGUCAUCAUCAUUGGAGCCUUGCUCGUCCAGGUCAGCUCUUUAGGAAUGUUUGGGGAUCGCCGUGAAGAUCGAAAAGCGCAGAGUCGAGCUUUGUUGUUUGUCAUUGGAGGCUUCGCGGUCUGGACUGGAACCAGUGUACCCAUGAUUCUUGGAUUUUCAAGCAUUAGCUUAAUCGUUCGAACCGUCGUACCUGCAAAUGGGCUCCUUGUGCUCGUUGGCAUCGUUACCCUUUUCCCAGUGGCAUUGUUGUCCCCUAAACAAGAAGAUUCUGUGACGGCGGGUGCACGAUCUCCAUUUUCCACCAGCCCAAUGGCACCAUCUCGAGGGAUGUUCCAAAACGGUAUAGGAGCCGAAGGAUCCCCAAUAGUUGGUCGUUCUGGAACUAAAACCCAAUUGUUCAUAGUCAAUCCUUCCUCGACACCAACCCAAAGAGAUAUGCGAGGUUUUACGAAACUCACCGACGCUGGAGAUUCAGAAACGGCGCGAGAUGCUUCGGGAUAUCAAGCCCCAGGCGGUGUUUUCCCCGCCAUCUUUGCUGCAUCAUCGUUAGGCUCCAGUCAAGCAGUGAACACUUCCACGUCUACUCUAGCCUCUGUCCAACGUCCAAAAAUAUCUGUUCGAGGACUUCCUAUCUCGAAACCUAUUGUUAAUGAGGAAACGGACCCUGAUACAGCUUUUGCCCGAAUAGCAACAAUCGAUCUCAAGACUGCUGCUAUGAAUGACCGCGAACGAAGAGCAACGGCCGGCAAAAAGUCUCCUUUCAGCACUCCAAGGGCGGUCCCUAUGCGACCAACAAUGGCACCGGAAGAUAUCAAAAACAAGAACGAUUAUUAUACACGAACAAGGGUACCAGAUCAAUCCAAAGAUUGGAUGGCGGCAUCAGGGCUGUCAACUUCUGCAUCACUUUCUCCUGCAUUUGAUGAGGUGCGGCGUCGCUCACCACGAGGAAUCAAUAAUUUAGAAACCCUGGAGGAGAAGCAGACUUUUAAACCUAUCGCAGGGUUGCCAUCGAAUCCUAGAUCUCAGAGAUCAAUGAUGCCUCGGCAGAACACAGCACCUCAACCACCAACGGUCAUGUUAAUGAAUGAUAUUGUUUACGACAACCCAGCAAUAGUACAGUCUAUCAUCAGUAAAACUUCUGGACAUUCUAAUCAGAAAUCUUUGGCGGAACUAUCGCCCUUGACCCCUUAUACUUCAUCAGGAUUUCAAAUACGAGAAUCCGUAGUCCAUAGGGCGAGGCCUAUUCCGAGACAUAAAAAUAGUGGAAUGUUUGGAAGUGAGCCUCUACCAGCUCAUAGACGUGCCAAAUCAAGCUCUUCAAUUUUGAACAGGAAAUCCCUCUUCGUUACCCCAGGUAGUCCAUCACAAUUACCUCCACUUCCAAAACCACCUCCAGUAUAUACUGCUUCCGAACUGAAGAAGCUUUUACCUAAUGAUACCAAAAGCAUGACAUUCAAUGAAAAAAUACAAUUCUUGUUUCCAGCUCCGCCAGGGGUAAGUUUACCCAAUAACCGCCGAUCGUCCGUUCCAGAUCUUCCGAGCAUGGCUAGGAAAUUGGCUACCUCGAUCGAGUCAGACCUGCAGAAUAAACUCAUCUCGAAACGGACGACAACCAUUGCGCAACUUAGCCCAGACGAAUAUCCAGCCAAACAAGAUUCGCCAGAGGCCGACUUAAAUCGCGAAACUUAUCGUUCAAAUGCAGUAGAAAGUGUGGCGGUGACAUUGCUGCCAAGCCAUGAUUCUACCGAUACAAGUAUUCUCAAGCUGGGAAGCGAAAUGGUUUCAAACGAUUCUCGUAUCACGAAUGUUCAAGAGUCGAAUUAUUUGGAAGAAGAUUACAUGAUUAGUCCGUCGAGUGCAUCUGACACCUACAGAUACUCAUCUUAUUCUGCAUUUUCGCCACUGAGAAGUCAAAGGUUUACGCCUGAUAUUGAGAAAUUAGAAAGGAUGUCGGAAAUCCCAAUAGAGGAAGAUCGAGUUGAAGGAGAUGAGGUCAUGGUUGUUAUGAUGGACUCUGCUGAACAUCGAAGGUCCAUAGCAGAAUCAGUGGCUGAUGAUGGAGAAUCUUUCAUUUUCGAUAUCAAUGGCUUACCUGUUGAAGCAACACACUCUCCUCCGUCAUGGCAUCGUCGUGUUGGUGACGAGCUCCUCGCCUUCGCUGAUCGACGAUCGAAGCAUGGUUCCCGGAAAAUGUCACCUCCAACAGCUUUACUUUUAGAGCCUCCACGUGGAAGAACAUCUCCAAUGCUUAUUCGCAAAGCUGAACCGUCUCCACCAUUAGAUUCACCAGGAAAGGCUCUCCAACAGAUUCAAGACCAGUUGAAUCGAAUUGAAGAACCAAGACGAUUAUCACUAGAAUCAAUUCUUCGUCGUAUGCCAGAGACGGAAGAAGUUGAAAGCUUUGACAAUGAUGAUAUUAUGGAGAGGCUUCGAUUACUUGAAAAUCUUGAGAGAGAGAUGGGCGAGCAGGAGAAUGACUGGCAACAGAUGCAUCAGAACCUCAGUCGAGACUCCAUGUCCUCAAUCGGCACUCUUGCGACUCCUCAAUUACAGGCCUCUCCUGAACUGACAAGAUCUGUCAUGGAGAUAGCACCAUCGCAAAGAUUAUCGUUAGGAUUACGCCGUAGUUCUUCUCGACCUCUAAAUAACAGUGAUGGAGAUAUUCUGAUUGAAACAUCUGUGGGAGAGGACAUAACAUCUUCUCAGAUUCAAGAAAAUUCUAGUCUUGGUGCCUGGCAACAGCGCCUAGCUAAUGCCCAAAUAUCUUACAUGGAGAAUGCGCCAAAAGUCACCCAUUCCCGUAAUAGUAGUAUAAAUUUCUUGUCGGUGUCCAAAGCGCCGCGUGCGCCAAUGGAUAGCCCUACUCCACCUGAGAGCGAGCCGGAGAGCGAAUUCGACGAGGAUUUCGGAAGAGAAUCCGAAAGCGAAUAUGAAAGCGAGGGAGAAAUUAUGGAGGAUGAAGAAUCAAGCUCUUUACCAUAUCAUCCAGAGUUAUUGUGGCAGUCAGUAGUGCAAUCGCCCAAAGCAGCUGUUUCAUCGCUUUGGAGCUCUGCCAAUGGCAGGCCCUCCCCGGAGUCCAAUCAAUCUCCCGAUCCUCCAGCAAAGAAUCUCCGGCCCGCUCAGCGACGAAGCGAAAGUGAACCACUACUCAGCAGUGGUGACUUGUGGUCAAAGUCGUCUUCGAAUAUGCAAUCCAACAUUGCUUUGGUGCAGGCAUUGUGGGGAUCAACAUCAGUUCGAGCGUCUACCGUCAAAUCCCGACCAGUGACCCAAAAACCCCCAAGAAGAUCUAAGCGUAUCACGCUUUUAGCGGACAUAGUCGAGAACCCUGAACCUCUUCCUCAUAAACGCGAUACAUUGGGAAUAUUCUUGUUUCCAUGGGGGGAGCGAUCUGAUACAGCAUUACCCUCAACUUAUAACCCAACGUCUCAGGCCGGACCAGUCUUGAACGCGACUCUCGAUUCUAGAUCUCGUCAAUUGGAGCCCGAGCUUUCAGAAUACUCGUCUUCAUCUUUCUUUGAUGAUUACGAUGAGGAAGAUGAGCUUGACUAUGAGAUGGAUCCAGAAAGUGACGAUGACUUUGACGAGUCCACUUUGUGGGAAAUUGCAAGCAUGCUCAAGACUACUGACCUCCCCUCAAAAAAUAGCCUCCUACCGCCAAUGCCCGUUUUGCAAGACAUUAUCGAAGAUUACGACGAUUAUGAGACUAGCUCUGAGACCGAUUUCAGCUCGGAAAAUGAAGAUUAUGAGGUCUUCAAUAAUGAGUAUCAUGAAGAGUACCAUAACGAGGAAAGGAACUCAAUUGUCAUAUUCUCUCAAGAAGAUGACUCGAACCCUGAUGAAGAGGUUGUUCCUGAUACGGCAGAGCCACUUGCUAAAUUUGACGAAAAGAGCUCUCGAGAUUUAUUCGAUCUUUUAGAUGAUUCAUCCAGAAGUUCGGCAAGAAAGACACUGCUUUGGAGUAGUACCACGCCAUUGUAUACCAAGAGAUCUGAAUAUGGUUUACCUCAACCAGCUUCUGAUGUUUGGCAAUCAUAUAUCCCAUCAUCGCAGGACGCAACAAGAACAAAGCCUCGUCCAAUAUUUCUAAUGCCAAAACUCACAAGCCACAGUCUUUGGAGCGGGCAAGAGCUCGAUAAUCCGGAGGAAGUUGACUUAAUUGCAGAAAAAUACUUUGAGCCCAAGUUACCGCUGAUCACUAUCAGGACCCUCACAUGGACUCCUCCAGCAGUGUUUCUCGAAGUUCCAAGUUCUGGUCUUUUCUCCGUAGAAGCCAAGCGACAAAACUUCCGCUCAACUGCCGAGAUUCCGGCUGCCAUUGACCUCAAAACGAUCCCGCGGGUGAUUUCAUACACACUGCCAGUACUCUCGUCUAUUAAAUUAUGGUCAUUGGAAGAACUCGCGCCGCGCACGAGCAGGAACUGGAUGUUAAUCAAUAAGGCCAAAGCAUAUUUACCAAGCGUUGCCACUAGCCGGCCCUUUAUGUGGACUCCAAGUUUGGUCGUUGCAGAUGUAGUCGCUCAGGGUCUAUUUCAGCCAACAUCGUCUCGUGUCAUUUAUCGCACCACCGAGCUAGAACCGGCGGCAUUGGUUUUGACCUCCAAGGUACGAAGCACGCCAGGAACCCUCUCAAAAUUGGUAUCACAUAGACUUUGGCGCCGUCCAUGUCUAUUGAACCUAGAGCGUGACCACGAUUGGAUUUCAGAAUCAUCAAUUCGACCAAGUAGUCCAUCAAUAGCAUCAGAGGCAAGUUCUGGAAGAUCAUCGCCUGAUAUAUCAGAUGCAUCAUCCAUUGCCUCUACAAGUACCAGAGCAUCGUCAUUCUUCUUUUUAGACCCUGUUUCAAUCAGGAGGACGCUUUCAGCCAAAAAGAAGGGAGAGUUUAUCCCACCACCGCCACCUCCUGCUGACCCAAGCAAGUACCAGUCACAGCUUCCUCUUCGCCAGGGCUCUCUCAAACCUAGUGCAAGACCUACUCCGAAGGCUUUGCCCACCAUACCAUUCAGGCAAUCAAAUGUUUUAUCAUCCCGAGACCUGUUCGAGGCAAGAAUCCCUGCUGGCUCCGAGAAACCUCAAUUACCGAGAUUUCGAAGAUCCGUGAUGCCCAUGAAGCCAAUGAAGCCCGUCCAUAUAGCUAUUAGACAUCAAUACAGGCCGACUAUGGCUUUCCGCGCCAAUUGGAAGGAUGCUUUGAGAGAUGCUAUCAUCGCCGGAAUGUCGAGAUCUAAAGCAACAGCUGCUGAUUGGGACUCUGCUCUGGCUAAAGCUGUAUAUCAAGGAACACCACGUAUCGAUCGUCUCCAGGUAUCUAUGGGACCAUCGGAAUCAAGUCUUGCAGAAACCCUUGUAAAGGAAACUGCAUUUAUCGGCCCAACAUACUCCGAGGUAUAUAAUCCCGCAAUACUCCACCCUGUUUUCUUUACCGAAACCCUCGUCUCAGACGUAGCCAGCAUUCAUCCUGCUGCUUCUGGACAUACAAAGCUCUUACGUCUCACUACCAGCGUCGAGGACUGGGACCGAGCACUGCGGAAAGCCAUUUCUAAGGGCACACCACGAAUGCAGCGUCCGGCAGCUUUUUCAUUUAUGUGGAAGGAUGCACUCAAAGAGGCUAUCGUCGCAGGAAUCCCCAAGAAGGCAGUAGAGACACUCAAUGUUAUCGAGACUCAACAAAGUAUAGCGGCAAUGGCUACCGAUAUUGACCCAAGCCUUGAUAUUACAUCUCUAGAUCCGGUACUUUUCACCAAAUCUAUGAUCUCGGGUACAAGCGAUAUUCAACCCGUGGCUAUGGAAUAUGUUCAAAACCCCAAUUUUAACUCUGCUGUUCUUCAUCCCGUCUUCUUCACUACUACUCUCGUCUCAACUGUAACUGAUAUUCACCCUGCUUGUAUCGGAUAUGCAAUAUUGGCAGGUUCUCGUCCAAUGACCGUGUCAAGUCUGUGGACCCUGAAGUUAACGAGCAUGACGUCAAUCACAACUGGUGGUCUGUGGACAGAAACCCCAUUUGUACCAGCACGUCAAAUUCAGGCAAGGUUUGAGCAGCUGGCAUGUGACUCCACUCGACGAGUUUCUGUACAACACACUAUGAGAUUGCCGACUUUAGAAUCUGACGAGCUUUGGCAACCAUUCCAAAUCCCACUCAAUUCGAGGAAUUGGCUCCAUACUUCAAUCGAGGCUCACGAACGCAAGAAUUUCCUCUUCCAGAACCACACCGUCUCUACGGUUGCUAGCCAAAGUGAUGCUCUGAUGUGGGAACCAUCCCAGGCAAAUGUCAACUCUGUGCCUGAUAUGUUUGCGAAUAUGAAGCACGACUAUAUUCACGAAGCUACCAAGAGAGUCUCUUGUCCUCGAUUAUCUGCACUUCCACGUCUAGAGUCCUUCAAGCUUUUCCAACCCAAAAACAAGUCGAAGGUAGAAGUUGACUGGCUUCAUACUUCAAUCAAGGCUCACGCACGCAAGAACUUCCUCUUCCAGAACCACACUGUCUCUACGGUUGCCAGCCAAAGUGAUACUCUGAUGUGGGAACCAUCCCUAGCAAAAAUCAACUCUGUGCCUGAUAUGUUUACGAACAUAAAGCACGACUAUAUUCACAAAUCUACUGGAAGAGUCUCUGGUCCUCGAUUAUCUACACUUCCAUAUCUAGAGUCCUUCAAGCUCUUCGAACCCAAAAACGAGUCGAAGGUAGAAGUUGAUUGGCUACGUGCAUCCAUUGCAACGAUCAUACCUACCAUCAUCGCUACCCCAAGAGAAUCUAUGAUGUGGUCAGUAUCAACAAUAUCUACACCAGACCUAUUUGCGGAUGUGAAAGCCGGUGUUCUGAAGAGAGCUUCUACUGCUAGGCCUUCUAUUUUACCUCGUCUGAGUUCUAAGGAGCUAUUCAAAGUGAAGAUCGUUAACAAAACGGAAAUUCAUUGGCUACGUGCAUCCAUUGCAACUAUCAUCGCUACCCCAAGAGAAUCUAUGAUGUGGGCAGCAUCUUCAGUAUCAACAAAAUCUACACCAGACCUAUUUUCGGAUAUGAAAGCCGGUUAUCUCAAGAGAGUUUCUACUGCUAGCCCUUCUACAUUACCUCUUCUGAGUUCUACAGAGUUGUUCAAAGUGAAGACCAUGAAGAAAAAGGAAUUCAAUUGGCUACGUGUAUCUCUUCCAGAGCUCUUGAAUGAGGAGCAAAUCGCCAAAGAGACGAUCGAGGCACAGUCCGUUGGAGCACCUACAUUCGAGGAAUUAAUGGCCGAUGUGGACACCCUUACUGAAGAGGAGAUCGCCGAAUUACUAAAUGCUGGGGACCUCAAAGCAGAGAAAGACGAGAUUGAGAAACUAGUUACCAAUGAGCCUCUCAUCGAGCCUCAUUCCAAAGCCGAAAGGCUGUGGAGCUUAUCCCCAAAGACCACAACGGAGAAGGUGUCAGGCACAUGGAAGUUACCUACGUCAGCUGCGGUUUUCCGCCCCAACAUCUUCGUGAAGAGCAUUAAACCAUAUGUUCAGAAGUCUUCAACUCACUCCCGAACCGAUCUCCCAAGACUGGAAUCAUCAGAACUCUUUCUCCCCAGCUUCACUACCAAAGUCGAAAUCGACUGGCUUCAAACUUUGUCUACGUUUCCCGCCAGGAGCUCAAUAUCCGCAUUGACUACAAAAUCCACCGGGACCUUCACUGACUCUGUUGCAUCCUUGGCACUUAUCAUUCCAAAAACAUGGACGCCCGUGCCGUUGCCUAAAGCACAGAUCGCCAUGGGAGGCAUGUGGACACCGCAUAUGACAAGAAAUGAUAUCGAGCUCCCUAUGUUCGACCCUUGGAUUCAAAGGUUAAUUCGAAAAGACAGACAGGAACCAGAGAACAAAAUCGAAAGCACGGAACUGUGGACAAAAGAGAUAAGUACUCUCGAGAGCUCCAAACACUGGUUGUUGGACUGA